AGGAGAACUAUUUCUUUCGAUUGUCGAAUUACUGGGACAGGGUGAGGGAGCACAUCCAGCAGAAUCCUGACUUCCUGCUCCCUGUUGGACGUCGCAACGAGGUGCUCUACUGGCUGAGCGAAGACAACAAGCGCGACUUCUCCAUCUCGCGUGCCAGCACCAAGUGGGGCAUUUCCUGCCCAGGAGAUGACUCUCAAGUGAUCUACGUGUGGUUCGACGCGCUGUUGGGGUACCUCUCCUCCCUCCUGAGGCCGGAGGACCCGCCCACGCUCGAGUCCGCGCUCAAGCGCGGCUGGCCCGCGGACGUCCACGUCAUCGGCAAGGAUAUCAUGCGCUUCCACGCGAUCUACUGGCCAGCUAUGCUCAUGUCUGCAGACCUGCCACUACCCAAGCACAUAUGCACUCAUGGCUUCUUGACGAAGGAUGGACUCAAGAUGGGGAAGUCCCUGGGCAACGUGGUGGAGCCGGUGCCCCUCGUGGAGAACUUCGGCGCCGACGCCGUGCGGUUCUAUUUCGCGGCCUGCCUCAACUUCGGCGAAGACGGGGACUUCAGCUACGUGAACUUUAUCAAGGGAGUGAACACGAACUUGGCGAACGAGUUGGGCAACCUGGUACACCGUAUUCUCACCCUGUGCCGGAAGUUCAAUGCAGAACCGAUGUCGGCCCUAGAUUUGUACGAUAGCGAGGAGAUUGCAUCAGAGAACCCGGUGCGCUUGAAGACGCUGGAGGCAGUCAGCAUCGUGGCAGGACACUACGAGCGCGUGGACUUCCCUAAGGCAGCGGACGUAGCGCUCAGCAUAGCGUCCAUAUCCAACGCAGCGAUAUCGGAGGUGGAGCCAUGGAACAAGCUGAAGCCAGAUACGUCCGAGGAGGACAAGCGGGUGGCACUGCGCGAGAUGCUGGUGAUGGGAGAGGUGCCGCGCCGGAGAGUGCCGACCCUGUCCGCGAUGGCGACACGCGGAGCGGGGCCCGCUCCCUUUGUUUCGCGGCGUCCCGCUGCACAGCCGGUGAAAGUACAUGAAGGAUGCAUGGCAGAGGCUGUGCGAAUUUGCGCGGUCCUCCUCUCGCCGUUGACUCCGGAACUCAGCAUCAGGAUUCUCACGGAGCUGGGCGCGGCCCCUGCGGGGGGCGCCGGUGCACUUCGCUGGGAAGACACGGCUUGGAGCUGGGCCGCCCUCCCGGGCCUGGGCAAGGGCAAGAAGCCCAAGCCGUGCUUCCCCAGGAUCGACCUCGAGCCUUGGCAGGACAAGUGACUGCACCUCCUCCUCCCCUCCCCCUCCUCCCGCUCCUCCUUUCCUGAGAGUCUCCGGAGGUCCCGCCUCCUCUCCUCCCCCCUCCUCCCGAAUGCCUCCCUCCCCGAUCUCUCGGUCAUUGUCCUAGUUUUUUACGGCGCCCUUCGCCACUGCGCUCUGCAGCAGGCGUGUCUCGCCUUUGUCUCCUCCACCUUUCUGCGUGUGUUUGGCCCCCUCUCGCUCGAGAUCCUCGGCCGCGUCCCCGUGUUCAACGAACUCCAAUUUGCCGCGACAUUUUCGCAGCGGCUCGUGCCGUCUGCCUCGCUCAUCUCGUGCGCUUUUCCCCCAAAUUUUCGAGUUUCACGACCGCCCCAGCGAGUGACAUCUUCACCGCGGCCGUGGGAGCCCUGCCCCGCCCCGUGCUCCG